AUGACAAUCUCUCGCCUGCUGCUCCGUGGCACUCCGAGCCAGGCGCUGCGUCCCGCGUAUAUCACCGCCACGGCCCUCGCAUGUUCGUCUCGCUGCUAUUCAACAGACACCGGCAAAAAAGAUGACAAUCAGGCCAAGGAAGACAGCCCCCUUCCGUACACCCACCGAGGCUCCGCCAUCAACUUCAACUGGGCCCGCGAGGCCGAGAAGAAGGAGAGGACCGCUCCGACCUUGUCAGCGGACAACUGGGAGGAACAUCCCGACGCCAAGAUUGAGGACUUUGAGGAGCUCCCUUAUAAGGAGUUUGGCAUCAACCAGCACAUGGAGGUCAAUGCCGAGUUCAAAAAGGUUCUGACCGAAGUUGUCCGCGAGUUCCGCGCCCCCAUCAUGUACGCCAUGGCCUAUGGCUCUGGCGUUUUCCCCCAGUCCAAGGCCACCAGAUCCGUAUCAGACGAGGACUUCCGCGCCGUCCACCCUAAGCCCUCACCCUCACUGAUGGAGGUCCAGAAGGGAGGUCCCAAAAUGAUUGACUUCAUCUUCGGCGUCACCCACACCCAGCACUGGCAUUCGCUCAACAUACGCCAGCACCGCGACCACUACUCGGGCCUGGCCAGCUUCGGCUCCGGUCUCGUUUCGACCUUCCAGGACCGCUGGGGCGCCGGUGUCUACUUCAAUCCGUACGUCACCAAGAAGGGCAUGCUUAUCAAGUACGGCGUCACGUCUAUCGACAACCUCUGCACCGACCUCUCCACCUGGAACAAUCUGUACCUCGCCGGGAGACUUCACAAGCCGGUUAAGAUCCUGCGCGACCAUCCCCGAGUGCGUCUCGCGAACCAGGUCAACCUGAUUUCGGCUGUCCGUACCGCUCUUCUCUUGCUGCCCCCCAAGUUCACUGAAAAGGAGCUUUUCUCGACCAUUGCCGGCAUCUCAUACCUCGGCGACCCGCGCAUGUCUCUGCCCACCGAGAAUAAGAGCAAGAUCGAUAACAUCGUCGACAACAAUAUGGUCUCGUUUCGUAAGCUGUACGGCCCGCUGCUGAACACGAUGCCUAAUGUCGACUUCGCCGACGGAGCCGACCAGCAGGGCAAGCACGCCGAAGAUGUUGAGUACGAUGGCGCCAUGUACCAGGACAUGGACCCGGUCAAGCGCGGCAACAUGGUCCGCCGUCUGCCCAAGGCCUUCCGAUCGCGGUUGUACUUCCAGUACCAGAAGAAGCUCAUGGUGCCGACGUCGGAAUUCAAGGCCAUGAUAGAAGCUUCCAAGGACGAGGACGCUGUGAGCUUCAAGCGCCGCGAGGGCGGCGGCUUCGAGCAGCGCAUCGUCCAGGAUGAUCCCCAAGAGCUGCAGAAGUCGAUUCGAAAGGUCAUCAGCCAGACGGUCAACUGGCCCGCCACGGCGCAGUCCAUCAAGAGCUUCUUCACGGCCGGGGUCGGCCGCUCCAUCCGCUACCUGUCGGAAAAGAUGACCAAGUACAACGAGGGCAAAGCGAAGGCCAAGGCCAAAGAAGAAGAGCUCAAGAAGCAGGCGAGCGAGGCCGCCGCCAAGGCCACAAAGGAGGAAUAA